AUGGCUGUCCCCUCUGACAUAUCGUACUGGGUCUACAAGCCGACGAAGGGCGUCUCUAUCGCAUUUGCUGUCCUUUUCUUCAUCUCCGGCGUUCUUCACGCAUGGCAAAACAACCUGAAAUAUAAGGGUUCCUGGCGCGUUGGCUUCCUGUUCCCAUGGGCGGCCGCGCUCUUUGUUGCUGGUCUUAUCACACGAGAAUACGGUGCCUACCAUACCGAUAACCUUGGUGUUUUCGUCGCCAGUACAGUGCUCUUGUUCAUCGCACCACCAGUAUACAACGGUGCCGAUUACUUUAUCUUUGGCCGAUUGCUCUACUAUGUUCCCUAUUUAUCUCCGAUACAUCCGGGACGAGUCUGGACAACUUUCGUCGCCCUAGAUGCUAUCGAUGGAAUCAUCGCAGGCAAUGGAGCCUCGUACGCUGCCAACACCGAGAACAGUCUGUCCAAGAUCAAAAUGGGAAUCAUCCUCGUCAAAGUGUCACUCUUUCUUCUACUAGGCAUGUUCCUCGCAUUUAUCUACCUGAUUGUCAUCUUUCACCGCCGGUGCCUCAGGGCGAAUGUCUUCUCACACAACGUCAAAGUCGUCGUGUACAGUCUCUACCUCUCUGCCUUCCUCAUUCUCAUCCGCAACACCUUUCGCACAGCAGCCUUCUUCUACCCGCCAGAUUCGACAGCCAACGGCAAAGAGUGGAUCUUCUGGGUUCUCGAAGUUGUACCAAUGCUUUUGAACAGCUAUCUCCUGAACGUCUAUCCGCCUUUAAAAUACCUACCACGCAACAAUAAGAUCUAUCUUGCAAUGGAUGGGAAGACGGAGAUUGAAGGGCCAGGCAUGGUUGAAAAUAGGCCUUUCCUCUUGACUCUUGUCGAUCCUUUCGACCUCGUCGGACUGGCUACAGGUCAGGAUAACAAGAAUAGGUUCUGGGAACACGAUGGCAUUGGGGGGCCAGGAGGGUCUGCCCGGCAUGCGAAUGAGGAUGAACCAGAAUCUGUACAUGCUAGCAAGGAGAUUCAUAGUAAGGCCUGA